AUGGAAACAGAGGCCUCUUUAAUCGACACUGAUGCUUCUGAUAACAACUUUAAUAACUACAAACUGGCUUUUAAUGAAAAAGAUUGUACUGACGAUGAUAGUAAUUCUAAAGAAAACCUCCCCACUAAAUUUAAAUCUCCCAAAAGUCCUACUGCUCCAGUAUCAGAAGAAAUAAUAACUGUAAAUAAUUCUAAUUCCUCUCCUAGCCAAGUAAGUAGAAAUCUGUAUCAGGUGACAGUUGCCGCCCCUUCGAGUGAAGACAUGUCCUAUGUUGUACAAAUCGCUCAGGGCUUUCUGAGGGGAUCAAUUUCAAAAUUCGAAGAUGAGACAUACUGCUCUUUCAAAGGAAUUCCCUACGCAAAGCCUCCUAUUGGAGAUUUAAGAUUCAAGGCUCCUGAACCACCAGAACCAUGGGAAGGCGUGCUAGAUGCAUCGAAACACGGACCCGUCUGUCCGCAAUACAACGAGCGCUUGGCUCGCAUCGAGGAAGGAAGCGAGGACUGCCUCUACCUUAACGUCUACACCAAACAUCUACAGCCCGUUCAACCCCUGCCAGUUAUGGUCUGGAUCCAUGGUGGCUCCUUUUAUACUGGCUCGGGUAACUCCGACUUCUAUGGUCCUGAAUUCUUCAUGACCCACGAUGUGGUGCUAGUCACAUUUAAUUACAGACUCGAAGUACUCGGCUUCCUCUGCCUUGAUAACGAACAAGUACCAGGCAACGCAGGCCUCAAAGAUCAAGUCGCAGCUUUACACUGGAUCAAUAGAAAUAUAACAGCAUUCGGUGGAGAUUGUAAUAACAUAACUAUUUUCGGAUGUAGUGCCGGUUCCGCUUGCACCUCUUUCCACCUAAUAUCAGAAAUGAGCGAAGGAUUGUUCAACAAAGCAAUAUGCCAGAGUGGCGUAUGUCUAAACGAUUGGAGCUAUAAUUUAUACGCUCGACAAAGAGCAUUCCAGCUUGGAAACAUGCUUGGGAAAAAAACGGUUGAUGAAAAUGAACUACUGGACUUCUUGAAAGGCGUCCCUGUAUCUAAUUUAGUCAACAUUAAAUUACCACCACUGGAAGGCGAGGACAUGGAUUUGUCCGAUGGUUUAUUGUUUGGACCUGUGAUAGAGAAGGCAUAUCUUAAUGGUAGAAACUUCAUAACAGAACGACCUCCGGACUUAAUCAGAAAAGGACACAUGGCCAAAUUGCCACUAAUUUUAGGGUUUACGUCAGGUGAAGGUAUGGAAAUAACAAGAAAUCUUGAACAUUUAACAAGUUCACUAAACAAAGAAGGAUACCUUGUGCCAAGGGAAUUGAAAUUAGAUUUGAGUCCAGAAAAGAAACGUGAAAUUGAUAAAAAAAUACGAAUGCACUACUUUCAAGGCAGAACAAUAACAACGGAAAUGGUAGAAGAAGUGACUAAUUACAUAACAGAUGCCUUUUUUUCCUUUAAUAUUGUCCGAUUAGCACGGUACUGCUCCCAGUAUCAAGAGGCGAAUCCAAUAUACUUAUACCAAUUCGUAGCAGAGUCUGAAAGAAAUUACUAUAAAAAUCUUUAUAAACUUAAUCAUGUGAAAGGAGUGUGUCACGCUGAUGAAUUGCACUAUCUUUUCCACAUGACGUGUAUUUCCCUGCCUUUGACUGAACAAUCUAGAAAGAUCAUAGACCUAUUUGUAAAAUUAUGGGUUAAUUUCGCAAGUACGGGAAAUCCUACAGGAUCCGAUUACACGGAAAAUUGGAAACCUUUUUCACCUAUUAAUGUCCCCACUGCUGGGGCACAGGCCUUCCCUAUGGAUGGAAUAGGGAGAUUGGGCCAUGACCCACCACGCGGGCCCAGUGCGGAUUGGUGGGUGCUAACGACUGUAGAUACAGUCGGGACCAACGGCUUAACGUGCCUUCCGAAGCACGGAGGAGCUCGAGAUAGUAAAUUUUUGGUCACCCAUCCAAUGACCGACCACUGCGAAAGUAGCUUAAUUUCAACGAUCGCAGCCGAACGUGCUAACCACUUGCGCCAUCGAGCUCUUCAACACACAUAUAUAGACUGUUAAACACUAUACCCUGUCUGCGCGUCGCGCUUCGCGCUCUUGCAUUGCGCAGUCGGGUAAAAAGAGUCAUCUAAUAGAAUUUAAUAAACCUUUGCAUCGAAUCAUUCCAAACUCUUGUAACUCCUUUGGGUUUACUUUAACUUUGGCGUGGUUGAUUCCCAUUAAAGAAACCGUAAGUAUAAUUUCAUUUCAUUUACAGUUAUUAAGCUCAAACUUCAAUCAGAAAAUGUAACAAAAGCCCAAGCACGAAUUUUUGACAACUCCGUAAUGUACCGCAUCGUCAAAGUUUC